CGCCACGUGGGAACACGGUCGGGCUCCGAGCGCGGCCGCGCCACCACCGGGCGCGCUCAGUAGCGGUGCAGCGGUCGUCUCGGUGAUGGUGCUGCGACAUGAUGGCGGACUCUCCCAAGGCCUGCGGCCGGCGAGCCGCCCUGCUGAUGCUCGCCGUCACUCUCAGCCGUCAGGUGACAGCACAUCCGCAGGGUCACCGACUAAUCAAAGAUGAGGAGCACGGGUACAGCCGGCAGUACAUGUACGGACGUCGGGACCACGGUGCCAUGCACGCGGACGCCUCGUCGCCGUGGAAGCAUGACGCCGGCGUCAAACACGGCUUCUACGGGAUGUACGAUCACUACAGGAUCGGCCGUGUUCAUCCACUUGAACAAAACGACUCGUCGCCCGCGGCGACGGCGGUCAAGGUCCACCACUGGCCAACCAGUGCCGCGACGACGAAGCUGUCCGCCAAUCAACAACCUUCCAACUGGGUCCUUGAUUGUCAGAACCGGUAG